AUGUAUUUUUUGGGAUACUCGAUUUUCACCAAUAUUCACGACAGUCAACUUGAGCAGUUCACUAUAGUAACAACAGGCUUUGAAUCAUUCAGCUUUGGAUCAAAAGUUGCUGUAGAUUUUAUAAUAUUUUUUCUUACUGAUCAUGCCAUCUAUUUUACUGAUCAUCUAAAUCCAUACCUUUUUAAUGUAACUAUACUUCAUUUGGAAUAUCGACUUUGUCCUGAACAUCCAUUACUUGCAAGUGUAGACGACACAGUUGCACUAUAUCAUGCACUUCUUCGCAAUAAUAUUUCACCAUCGCAAAUACUUAUUAUGAGAGAUUCAGGAGGUGGUGGUCUUUCACUACUAACCAUUCAAACUUUAAUUACACGUCAAUUAUAUGUUCCCCGUGGUGUUAUUGUUCUAUCACCAUGGGCAGAUCUUUCCGGAUCAGGUGAGCAGUCAUCCUAUUCCGCAAUGUUGAACAUUCCGGAGUCAGUUCCGCCCCCGGAAUCAGUUCCGUCGAUUCCGGAAUUAGGUCAAAUAUGA